AUGAUUGGUAGUGUUGAUUGCAUGCAUUGGCAGUGGAAGAAUUGCCCGGCAGCAUGGAAUGGGCAAUAUCAAGGGCGAGCUGGUGUUGCAACAUUAAUUCUUGAAGCUGUCGCCGAUCAUGACCUAUGGAUAUGGCAUGCCUUUUUUGGGAUGCCAGUUGAUUUGUUUGAAGGAAGGGCACCACCUGUCAAUUUCACGGUGAAUGGAAAUCAAUACGGCAUGGCUUACUAUCUCACUGAUGAAAAAGCAAGGUUAUUUGCCCAACAUCAAGAAGCAGCAAGAAAGAAUGUGGAGCGAGCAUUUGGGGUGUUGCAAGCUCGAUUUGCAAUAAUUAAAAAGCCCUCACUUGCUUGGGAUGAAGAACGACUCUUUGAUAUAAUUACUUCUUGUAUAAUUAUGCAUAAUAUGAUAGUGGAAGAUGAAAGAGAUACAUAUACACACUAUGCUGAUGGUAGAGAGUUCAUGGAAGAUCUCCCAAAAGGUCAAUCAGAAGGUACAAGUGGAUUAAAUGAUGACUUUGAGUAUUACACAGAUAGAAUUGUUGAUAUCAAUCGAUACUUGGCAAAUAAGGAUGAUGUUGAAGAUCGACAAACACAUUUAUCCUUAAAAGAUGACUUGGUUGAAAAUAUCUGGCAAAAGUUUGGAGAGAACCGCAAUUAA